UGUACCGGAAGUACACGGCAGGCAUGUUUUGUAAAUAAAUUGUUCGAAUUUUACAUUUAUUUGUAGUCUUAUGGCAUUCGGGUUAGAAAGGGUACGAUUGUAAUUUGUACAUAUUUAAGUGCUCGAUGAAUCUGGUAAAGUAUUAGUUUAGGAAUUUUUAUUUGUGGAUAUAAACUUUAACUAGGCACACCACUCAAUUGGUACCGCCAUUUAACCUCCAUAAUGUGGGAUGUUGAGAUCAGGGGCAUGGCAUCAGCUCAUGCCAUUAUUGCCUCCUCCAUCUUCAUGGCAACUGUGAUGCCUGCUGUCUUUGUGGAAAACUUCUCUGUUUACGGGACCCACAUGGUUUGGCUGUAUUGUGUAGCUGGAUCUGUUGUUGUGGUCAACAUUGCAGUGUUUUGGCUUCUUGGCAUCAGCCCACCAACAAAGAAGAACACACUGAGCUACAAGCUCAACAGAUUGUUCAAAUCCUGUCUGUACUUUCUACUGUCAUGCCUCUUUUUUCAUACUGUGGUGGUACUGUACGGAGCACCUUUGCUUGAGUCAGCUCUGGAGACAUUUUCUCUGGCCGUGCUGCUGUCCACACUCACUACAUUGAGAUGUCUCUGUAUCCUGGGUCCUAAUGUACAGGCUUGGAUCCGAGUUUUCAGCAGAGAUGGGGCGAUGUCAGUGUGGGACACCUCUCUUCAGAUUACCACUGGCUGUAGUGUGAUUGGGGCCUGGCUGGGAGCUUUCCCUAUUCCUCUCGACUGGGACAGACCCUGGCAGGUUUGGCCCAUCUCCUGUACCCUUGGGGCAAUUACUGGAUUUCUGACUGGCCUCCUCGCUGCUCCUGUCUGGAUCCACUGGCAUCGCAAACAACUCACCUACAAGCUCAAGUGAGGAAAAGGGGGACACAAUCACAGG